UCUGGAUCCGGAGCCCUCUGCCCCCUCGUGAACGCGCCUCCCGCGGUGUGCACGAGCAGCGCUGUUUGUUUGUGUUGAGAGAUUGGAAAUGGCGGAGAGCAGAGACCAAAGCGAUAACUUGGCUUUGAAAACACGAGUGCAUCAUUAUUAAGAGCGCAAAACCAAACAUAAGUGAUUGUUGGAGUUUCUAAAGGCACGCGUCGACCGCUGGGAUGUACGUGGGACGAGGCCACGGAGGAUUUUAAAAGCAAGGUUUGGAUUUUGCGAGCUGCUUUAGCCUGCGAAGCUAACCGUGCUAGCAGAAGCAGCAACCUGGCGCUAGCUUAGCCACAAGUCGUGUGUGUGCUCCGAAACACGCAGGCUUGUUUGUCAACAUAAGCUGACGGUAAAUCGCUAGCCACCGUGCUAACCUGCAACUUUUGGGGUUGUUUCUGAAGCGACACGUGUGGAUUAAUGACACGGACCUUGCCUACUGUCUGCUUUAAUACCUCACGGCGAAGUAACAGCGGAUAAAAGUAAAACAUUUGAAGUUAAGCUUGUUAGCAGGGGGAGCUAACUGGCUGUCUUUACGCAGAGUCUACGCUGCAGUUUACAUGGGAAUUUUACUCUAAACCGCGUGACAUCCGAGGCCCAGAGCUCGCCCCGUGGAUUUUUAUUUGCACUCGGAGGAGGAACAACAACGAGCGAGCGGUGUGGGCGUGGUGUCCACUUGGGAUGGUACGAUGUGAGCGGGCGGGCGACGAGCCUUGACCUGAGCCGCGCCGUUCGCCCCCUGCCCUCUCAGCCUGCCCCAGGCUCCCACAGCUGCCCCAUGACUCCCACACUCCGGCCAUAGACCAAGCCAGUCAACGCUGAAAAUGAGUGCAGUCGGGGAAAGCCCCCUGGACCCGGUUACACCAGAGUCACGCAAGAGGAAGGGCUCCCCAUGUGACACGUCAGGCCAAAGCGUGGAGAAGCGGAGGCGGGAGCUGGAGUGCCGCUACAUCGAGGAGCUGGCCGAGCUGCUGUCGUCCAACAUGAGCGACAUCUCCAGCGUCAAACCAGACAAAUGUCACAUCCUCCAAAGCACCGUGGACCAAAUCCAGCAGAUCAAGCGGCGCGAGCAGGAGAAAGCGGCUCUUUUGUCUCAAGACGACGAUGUGCAGAAGUGCGACAUCUCGUCCAGUAGUCAGGGGCUGAUGGAGAGGGAGGCUCUGGGGCCCAUGCUGCUAGAGGCCCUAGAUGGGUUCUUCUUCGUUGUCAACCGCGAGGGCCGCAUUGUGUUUGUGUCGGAGAACGUGACCAGUUACCUUGGCUACACACAGGAGGAGCUCAUGACGUCCAGCGUCUACAGCAUCCUCCAUCUGGGAGACCACAACCAAUUUGUGCGCAACCUGCUGCCCAAAAGUCUUGUCAAUGGUGUGCCGUGGCCCCAAGAGCAAAGCCGGAGAAGCAGCCACACGUUUAACUGUCGCAUGUUAAAGAGGCCACCAGACGAAGUGGACACGGAGAAUCAGGAGGCGCGCCAGCAGUACGAGUUCAUGCAGUGCUUCACCGUGUCCCAGCCCCGCCCCCUGCAGGAGGAGGGAGACGACCUCCAGAGCUGCCUGAUCUGUAUCGCCUGUCGAGUUCCCCGGCCGCAGCCUGUCACUGAGUCCUUCAUCACCAAACAGGACCCUACAGGAAAGAUCAUCUCCAUAGAAACUAGUUCUCUACGAGCAACAGGACGACCGGGCUGGGAAGACCUGGUCAGGAAGUGCAUCUAUGCUUUCUUCCAGCCGCAGGGCAAAGAACCCUCCCACGCCAAGAAGCUGCUGCACGAGGUGAUGACGCAUGGCACAGCUGUCAGUCCACUCUACCAUUUCACUUUGAGCGACGGCACCCCGCUCAGCGCUCAGACACGCUGCAAGUUCUGCUGCCCCCCCAACCCUGACGUUCAGCCCUUCAUCAUGGGCGUCCACACUAUUGACAGGGAACACAACACUGCUAGCUCUCAGGAAAACACUAACCCCAGCCUUCCACUGUCCCAGGACAGUAAUGCCCAAACGCCCUCUCGGUCCCCGGCCCUGCCCCCCAGCAGUAAUUCAUCCCAAGGCUCAGGCCUCACCACUUCGGGCCUUCACCCAAACAACAGCAACGCCUCAUCGCACGGACAGAGCCCAGCCCCGCCCACUGGGCACCUGACGCCCAUUCGGACGCAGCAGGUCAACAGCCCCUCCCCUUUGAGCAGUCCACUCACAGCCACCCCUACCUCAUUUAUAUCACCCCGGAUGCCACGGGCCAGUCCUGGGCUCGGGGGCAGCCCUCGAGUCCCAGGGAACCCUUUCUCUCCUUCCACAGCAGGCCUCCACUCACCCGCGGGGGGCGGGAGCAGUGGUACCAGCGGUGGGACAGCGGGGGGGUUCUCCUUGUCCUCUCCUGUCCAGAGACAAGCGAGUACUCCUACCAACCCCUGCCCCCGCCCCUCGGAAGGAGCAGAUGUGGGGGCAGAGGACUCUGUCAGAACUAUUCCAUCUGCGUCCCCUUUGGGAAACCCUCGGCUCAACCAGCUCCUGGACAGUAAUGGGACAGGAGCAGAAACUAACAGCACCCACAACAGCUCAGCAGCUCCUCCUCACCCCACACCACAAUGCCCCGCCUCCCACAGCACCCUGACAGAAAGACACAAGAUCCUGCACCGCCUUCUCCAGGACACAAGCCCCAAUGAGUCCUCCAGCACAGCAGAGGACAGCCUUCACCGAGCUGAUGUGGAGAUCAAGAAGGAGCCUCCUGCCAGCCCUGCCCUGGCCACCACCAAAUCCAGCUCCAAAGAGCCACAGGAUCACCAGCUGCUGCGCUUCCUCCUGGAUACAGAUGAGAAGGAUUUGGGAGACUUGCCGCCUCCCUCAGCUUUGAGCCUUCAGACGGUGAGAGUGAAGCUGGAGAAGAGAGCCAGCGAGUCAGAGUCCUGUCCUGGACUCCCUCCCACAGGGGGCUCCUGUUCCUCCAAACCUGCAGGGGUCCCCACCACCCCUACAUCCUGCAUCAGCCCCAAGGCCAGUCCCCGAGACAGCCGCAAGGACAGCAGAGACUCCACGAUGUCGGGUGGUGCUGUUGACGUGGACCCUCUCCAGCUGCUUCCUGGCCUCCGAGGCUCGACUGGGGCCAAAGUGGGCAGUGAGGAUUCGGCCGCCCAGAGCCUGCCCCCUUUGCAGGCACUGUCCCCCCAGAUGCACUCCCCCUCCCCUCAGCUCAAACUCCCAUCCCCCUCCCCUCAGCUCAAGCUCCAGUCCCCCUCUCAGGUGCAGCCCGCCGAGGCUAGCACCCCUCGCAGUGUUGGUGUGAAGAGAGAACCUCCAGGCACACCCAACAGAGGACUGAGUGAUGGUGGCCCUGUGUCCGGCUGCAGUCUUCAGACUCAGACGUCGUUUGACCCUUUCCUCACCCCCAAAGACAGCAGUCCCUUCCCUGAACAGGACAUCUUCAGCUCAAGCACUGGCCUAUCCAAGAUGGACGUGGCAGACUCCCAGUUCCAGCCAUUAACCCUAUCGGACACUUUGCCUUUUGAUGUUCUGGGGAACCCUUUACAAGCUCCUCUGGCCUCACCACAAGAGCAGUGCGUGCCCUGUACACUGGAUGACGUGCUUGGGCCUCCCACCACACCUGAGGCGCGCAGUGAUGAGAAGGCUCUGCUGGAGCAGCUGGUGUCCUUCCUCAGCGGGACAGACGAGAGCGAACUGGCCGAGCUGGACAAAGCCCUGGGGAUCGACAAACUCGUACAGGGUGGCUGUUUUGACCCUCUGCCCCAGACCUUCCCCACACAGCAGCCCACUGCCACCCCUGUGUCCCUGGACCCCAAACUGCCCUCGUACCCCUCACAGUUUACACCAACUCCUCAGUUUGCUCCGGAGAUGGCAGCUGUGGGAACUCCAGUCCUGGGUUUUGGGAAUCCUCGCGGGGGCUUCCCGGGUGGGACGGCCUCUCUAGGCCUGAGGCAGCCCAUGAACAGAGCCCCAGGGAUCAGCACGCAGCUCAGACAGCCCCCCAACCAGCUCCGGCUCCAGCUGCAGCAGAGGCUGCAGGGCCCACAACAGAUGCAAAACCGGAUGGCUGGUUUGAACCAGUUUCCUGCCGGAGCGCAACAUGUGAAUAUUGGGAUUCGACAAGGAGUCCCACCACCGCAGAUGGCUUCACAGCAGCCUCCCCUGAAUGCCCAGAUGGUGGCGCAGCGCCAGCGGGAGCUCUACAGUAACCAGCACCGGCAGAGACAGCUGUUUCAGCAGAAGGUCUUGAUGAUGAGACAGAACAUGGCCGCUCCCACUGGAGGGGUGGGGCCCAUCGCAGCAGUGAGGGUCCCAAAAGGAGCCCCUGUCACCCCUCAGCAGCCCCCACAGCAGCCUCAGCAGUUCACCUUCCCACAAGGGUACGGCCCCCUGACGGGGAACCCCCCUACCUCACCCAGUAACUUCAGCCCCAUGGCGGCUGGGCCUCUGGACAACAAGCUCACUGCUCGAGUCCCGCUGAGCAACCAGACGCUGCUAGGCGGAGUGUCGGGACAGUUCAACAACAACAACGUCAACACAAUGCAGACAGGACUGUUCCAGCAGUUUGGAGGAAACUCUUUAGUCCAGCCAGACCCAGCGUUCCCUCCUGAGAUGAGCCCUACCAGCCCACUAUUGUCUCCUCAAAACUCCACUUCCCAGAGUCCUCUACUGCAGCAAGUCCCGCCUCCCAGCUACCAGUCUCCAGACAUGAAGAGCUGGCAGCAGACUGCCAUCAACAGCAACAGUCUGUUUAGCCCGUCCGGCCCGGGUGCAGGGCAGAGCUUCAGCCAGCAGGAGGUGUACAACAACAUGAGCAUCACAGUGUCUAUGGCUGGAGGCUCUGGGGGCGUGGCCUCUGUGCCUUCUAUGGGGCAGCCCAUCGCCAUGAGCAACAACAAUCUCAGCACCAUCGGCCCAGUGUGCAGCGACCAGCAGGUGCAGCAGGUGCAGCAGGUGCAGGUGUUCGCAGACGUCCAGUGCACAGUGAACCUGGUGGGCAGUGACUCCUAUCUGAAUCAGGGCUCCAUGGUGGGGGGCGGCGCCUCUCAGAAGGGCGCCGUCCCGCAGGCCUCCCAGAACAACCAGGCCCAACAGAAGAGCCUCCUCCAACAGCUGCUGACCGAGUGAACCCUCAGCAUUGACCUCUGACCUCUCCUGCUCCCUCUAGUACUUCUCACUGUUUUUUGGGGAGGGCAGAUUCGGGGGUGAGAAGAUUUUGGGGCCUGCGUGCUUUGUACCGCCCACUAACUUUGUCAACAGAAGGAGUCAGGAAGAGCAGCAGCGCAUUUGAACCUGCCUGUCGAAUCUGUCUGACAACCUGUCUGUCUGCCUCAGCCUAUUUUAAAGGCAGUGUUGUCUUGCUGCUCAUUCCCCCUCAGUGACCUACACUUCCUGCUUCCUGACCCAAGAGAGAUAAACGUCAGAAUUGUACAUUUGCCAAGUUGUCGUCACUGUCAAAUCAGGGCCGGCCUCCUCUCUUUUUGAUUUUUUUUUUGUCGUUUUUAUCAUUAUUAUUUCUACGGGGGAACGGUUUUUGGAAAGCAGUGCGUCUUGGGGGUAUGGCACACAGCUGAGUUCAUUUGACCCGCUCAUUUGACCCGCGCCACAGCACCUCUGGCUUUCGUGUUCAUUUCGUGUUGUCUCGUGUCGUCACCUCCUCUGCCCGUCUCAGAGAUGUGGGAAUGUUCAUAGUUACACACUCUGGCAUUGUUCAGAUAGCGGCUCUGUUUCAGCAGGUCUGGGACUGUGUAAGUGUCUAUCUAGUGCCUACAACUCGGCUUCCUCUACUACAGCAUAGUCUAUUUUGAGUUUAUAUUUUUAAAACUUUUUCUCAUUUUUUUUUUUUUGGUUGGAAUUUGUUUGUUUAAAAAAAAUACUUCUGCGCUCUCUACCUUUUUAUCAAGCUCCUCAUCACCAGAAACAAGAAUACCAGAUUGUUGGAUUGGUGUGUGAAUGGGAGACAGAUGGGAUGCUGCUCAAUUUUCUUUUUAGAUAUUUGUGUUUAUUUUCAAACUAUAAAUAAGACUGUUAUGAUUAUUUAACUGUCUGUCCGUCACAUUUUAGCCCUCAACCUCAGCAGCUGUGAAUUAUUACGGGGCCCUAUUUUGGGCUCCACUAUUUCUCUGUGUAUCUCAUUGCUAUCUCUUUUGGCCUAUCAGUGUUUUGCCACGUGCACCAUGCAGGCGGGUAGUAUUGUACAGUACAGAAGAACAAAGACUUAGGGAUGAACUAGUCACGCUGUCCUUCAAAAAAAAAAAAAAUCAAUUUAAUUCUCAAAACAAUGUAUAUUACGAUUCGAUCCAGUUUUUAGUGUCGAAUCUCUUUUGGAAUGAUAUUGUAAAAAAAAAUGUUACAGCGGAGGAGGGAGAUUUUAUUAUGAAAUGUGAAGAGAAAUUCAAAAAUGGUUCCCUAAAACUCAAUGGUUGGAUUUGCUUUGCCUCCUCUUUCGUGGGAGUGAAUUAGUUAGCCAUCUUGCGUUUCUUUUUUCUUUAUUUUUUAAUUCUACGAUGCUUUUAAGAGACAGUUUUCUGAGAGUAUGUUUGUAACCAUUGUAUAAAAAAUGCUAAGGCGUGGACGAUGCAGGGUCUAGUGUCCAAAGCACUGUACUCUGCAAAAAAACACGCUUUCUUUCGGAUGUUUUUCCUAUAUAUUGACAUUUAAGUAGAUGCUUUAGAGAUAGAAGUUCUUAAAAAAAAAUUGUGAAAAUGAUGGGUAAUUAAUAAUGAAAUUGAUUUUGAAAAAAAAGAAAACAACUAAAGGAUAAAGAAACAAAAUCAGCCAAUCUAUUUUAGGGGGCGGAGGGGAUUUUGGCUUGUCCUCUUUAGGUCCGCUUUGUUGACUUCACUCCACUGGCUUCAGUUCUGUGGACUACUGUUGCUCAGUCAGACACUGUCUCUCCACAAAGACAAACCUCUGUAAUGAAGACCCCAGAUCAGGAGAACACAAGGAUAUGUACACAACCAUUGAACCUAUUUCACCUUUGGCCCAUGGCACAGUGUCAAUCAGUGCUUACCAUUUUUCAUGUUUCCUUUGUAUAACCAAAUGUCAAACAAACUCUCACUUACAACCCCAAAUCUGAAUGAAUAUUGAGACAUAAAUGUAAAUAAAAAUGGAUAAAUAUAUCAUCUUUAAUCAUUUAAAAUAAGAUCUACAGAUUAGCGUUUCAUUUCACGCUACACACCUCUGAUUUGGACCAAGGAAAUUGGCCUAAUUCACCGAACUAAUCCAGCUCGGUUGUCUCCUCCUUCAUGUUUUGUAGUGAUGUUUUGCUGCUGUUAAAUUUUGAUCAAGUGUUUGUUAACAAAAUAUCAUUCAUGAUCUGUUUUUAUUUACAUUUCAGUGUCUUAUUGAAUUGGAUGACAAAGGAAAGAAAUUGGAACGGGCUUUGAAAACCUCCACAAAUUUGCCUUGAUAAAUAUUCUAAAUGUCCACAGUAAUGACCUUUGACCCCUCUGCCUCCUGCUCUGUGGUUAACAUGCUUUUCUUCUUUUGAAACUCUGUCCCAAACUGGCUAAGACGAGCCGGUGCGAGCGCUGCAGCUACUACCUCAGAAGCAGGGAUUUGUCCUGAGUCCCUCGAUGCGAACCUCAAAUGUUCAGAUCUAGUCUUUGCAGCAGACGCACACUAAAUUCUUUCGUCUUUAGCCUCCAUUUCUUCGCCCCUGGUAACAGUGUACACAGGCUACGUUCUCCCGGCCGACCCGCAAUGGACUAGGGCUUCUUUCUGUCUUUUCCGUACAACACACAAGCCUCCAUAUGCAACAGAUGAAAGGUCUACAUUCCACCGUCAUCCAUGUGACAACCACUUUGUGUUUUCUGCCAGAUGCCAGUUCUGUCAAACUCAAACCCCAAACAGUGUCGCAGGAGUCCAGCACGCGGUUGGACGUAGCGCACCCAAAGCGGAGAGUCACCUGCGGAGGGAUUUUCCGCAGGUUUUGGAGCACCUUUUGAUCACCCCGUUGUUGUUGUUGUUUUGUUUGUUUUUUUAUGGAAAGCACUUCUCGCAGCCGAAAGAGCUGACUGCCAAGCACUUAGAUAGAGUUGAAUGUGGGUGCAGCGGUGACACCCAGAUAUAAAGCUUCCCUCUACCUCAAAAUGGGUGUUCACCAUUGCAUUCAACAUGAAACUAAGAAAGACAGUUUGUAUUCCACUUUGUCGGCAUAAAUACAAGUUAUACACAAGAAGAAACCUGGAGCAAAGUCCGUAGAGAAUAUCCCACAUAUCAUGUACUGGACAUUUUGUGGAGACUGGCAGAUGGUCCUGUGUCACUGUUUGGUCCACACUUAUACACAAAGUGGUCAGAAGUAUUUUUCGAAGGAUUUUUGUCCGUGUCAGCCUUGUCGCCCACCUUACCCCUGACCCUUGACCCCUCCCCUCUGUUCGGGACUGUCAUUCCUAUGGAACAGGUUUUCUCUCAACCCUCAGUGUCACCCGCUACAACAUGCCAAAUACAAGCGCUGCAUACUGAGACUUUAGUUUAUUUUUAUGCAACAGCCAUUGACAGGAACACCCCCUCCCCCCAUCCUCCUCACUAUGACGAACAGGUACAAGGUUCGCUUCUUUUAUAACUUUCAAAAUGUAAACAUGUAUAUAACAGAGAAAUGUGAAUAUGUAUUUGUUCAGAAUCAACAAAAAAACUAGUGCUCCGAGUUUGUGGUAAAUAACUACUCGCCUCCGUCAUGUUUUUAUUUGGAUGUUUUGAUUUUCUACUUUUUUAUUUUUCUGCAGAUGUAUGUAUGUAUAUGACUAUCAGUGGGCGUGUGCGUGUGUAAGUGAUUAAUACUGUAUAUCUGGUGUUCUCUAAGAUGGAAACGUGGACAAUGUCCCACUUUGGUUAUCUGUUCUUCUUCGACUCUAUGGACCCUGCACAGUACCUGUGGCUGUUCAGAAAACUAUGCCAGAGAAUGGUUUAGCGACUGCUGAAUGUGAUUUUACUGAGAAAGAAGCAGUGUGGACUGGCUUUUUGUACGGGUUAAUUUAAAAAAGGCCAUAUUAUUUAAUUUUCUGUUGUCAAACGUUUAAGGCAGACAUGGGAGAGUGGAGCCUUGGUUUUGGGGAGAAGCAUUGCCUCAGGUGUCGAGUGGGAGAAGGUUAAAUGUAGUUUGUGUGGGACUGGCUGACUCAUGUAGCCUUUUUGCAUUUGUCAAUAGUAAAUGACCAAAGCUUUGAGAUUUCAGAUGGUAUCAUAUGCAAACUCCUCAUCCCUGGACAGGACAUAAUGUAGCGCCUCUGCUUUAGUCUUCACUUUGCAUGUAGGUCUCCUCCGUCCUCUGCGUUCUUCGUCUCUGUCAUCUACCAUACUUCUCAUAGUACUCAUAGUUUUUGUAGUACUCACAGGUCUCCACGUUGCCAAGAGGUCUUUAGCGCCUAAAGUGCUAUCUCUCGUUUACAGUAAGAAAAACCAACCGUUAGCUAUGCACCUUAAACUGAACAGCAUUUCCUUUUGUACAGAUCACCCUCUACAAACCCGGUAACAGCCUUUAACCACAACACUCUCCAUUACUUGCUACCAAACUUAAGGUGCCUCUUGUAUAUACUUUCUGCAAUGACCUUGUUAAACCAGGGUUUUUUUAAAUAAGCAUUUUUUCACAUUUAUAAAUAUAAAAAAUAAUUGUAUUUUAAAUGACUUUUUUACUCAAGAUGAAUCAAAUUAUUCCAGGAAUUUGCAAAUACAAUCUAAUUUUGCACUUUAUCUUAGAUUUACCCAGAGAGAAAAUGGCCAUCAGCAAAUCAGAUUAUUAGAGAAAUAAUUAGUAACUCAUCAUUACCCUGAAUGUACACUAGAGUUAUAGACAGGAACUGGACUGGCCCAGAUUUAGACCAUAUACAAAAGAAUUGAACUCUUUCUGACAGUUUCUGUCGCUCUUUACUGGUCCAUCCUCAGUGUGGCUCGUCUGUGUGUAAACCUGGACAAAGGGAUCAGCAGCAGUAGAUACCAAGUCCCAAAGAGCGUAAUACCUUCACUGUCCACCAGGCAGAGAAGCCACUUAUAAGAAUGAUGCAGUCUUGUCAAAUAGAAAAGAACUUUGUAAUUUUUAUCUUGAGUUUGUAGAUUAGCGCACUGUUAGCUUGCACUUUUCUAACCAAAUAUUUUGUUUGUCCUUCAAUGGGGCAAUUUCAUGCUCGAAUGCUUCCUAAUUCAUGAUACAAAAAAUAUGAAUCUUAAAUAAAAAAAGGAAAAAUGUCUAGAUCAUUAUAAUAGAUUAAAUAUUUACUCAAGUGGAAGCCAAGCUAACUAGAAAGUCACUGUGUCCGUCCCUUUGUCCACUUGUGUACAUGCUGUGGUCCCGUCCUCAGUGUGUGAAUACUAUGCUACUGUUGAACUGUUGAACCUCUCUGCUCGUACAUUCCUGCUCAUAACUCCUCACUUUAGCAGUGCUUUUUCCUCUACAUGCAGUAGACUCUGGCUUUUUCAACUCAAAAGUCUGAUUGUGUAACUCCUCUGUAACCUCUGCUUUCAGCUCACCAUGUGCACUGACUCACGCAUGUCUCUGUCGCGGUCUGUCUCACCUCUGUUAGGAAGACACGUCCUCUACUCAGCAGUUUGUAAAUACAACCCCCAUCACUACAGACUCUGUUAUUGUCGUCAUCCAGUACAGGAAAAGCUAUUUACAAUAACAUCACUAUUAAAGCCUAAUAGAAAAUCAGCAGAACAAAUUGUAAAUGAAAUGUAGCAUAUACUGCAAGUUUCCCACUGACCUUAAACGCAUCAGCAGAUAUUCUGUUCAAUACAAACGCAACAUAAAUGAUUGCAAAUACCAGACCAGUGUCUGGUGAAGGUGUCAGGGAAGAUUGCUGCAAAAAAUGUACAUCAUUUUCAUGAAUCAAAGACACUUUUGGCUUUUUAUUUGGAGAAAAGUAACUGUUGUUGUGUGUGCAUGUUUGCGUGUGCCACCACCUCGUCCUCUCACACUCGUGUCUGAAGUGCUGCCUUAUGGAUGGACGUUGGUUGUGGAUCAGAGAUUUUAAAGGCUCAGUGUGAGCUCCCACUUGGUUUUUGAGGCAAUGUUUUUAUCUGGAGAUAUAAAGGAAGACCAAGGUUCCACUUUCUCCCCUGUACAAAUUAAUAUAAAUAUAUAUUAUAUAUAUUAUACAUUUUACGCAUUUGUCCGGUUUUGUAUAUUACACUCAUGUGGAGUUUGUUUUUUAAGAGGCAUCGGAGCAGCUAUUACAGACAAUGAGUGACAAUGUUCAUCUGGGAGAUUUCUGCAUGUUCUAUUUUCUUCUGUCUGAUUCCCCUGUUCAGGCGUGUGACGUGAAAUGAAUCUACCUUUUCUUUGGAAUGUUGUAGACAAUCAGUCUCAGGCUGGGUUCCUCCCUGCAGGGAGUUGAUCGACAAACAAACUCUUUUGUUUGACAAGUACAAACUUUGAUUUGCAUCUACUGGAAGUCUAAAUUUUGUUCAUUCAUGUGUUUCGUGGCUGCUCAAGUUUACACACACUUCUCUACUACACUCAACACAAACACCUCGUGCAUUUGAUCCCUCUGCUUUUUAUUUCCAAGGUGAGGAUGCCAACGUUGAGGAAAUGAUGCUUUGACUAACAAAUCUAUAACAUCUAUGAAUGUGGGAAUGCAACACAUUGCAAUAAAAGCACCAUUUGAAAUGCA